AUGGAAGCGGAUAAAACUCACGUGUCGACAUUAGUUGCUGGCACUUUCGGAUACUUGGCUCCUGAAUAUUUUGACACAGGAAAAGCUACAGCAAAAGGAGAUGUCUAUAGCUAUGGUGUUGUGUUAUUGGAGCUUCUAACUGGUAAAAAGCCUACAGAUGAAGCAUUUGUUGAGGAGGGAACUAAGCUAGUGACCUGGGUGAAAUCGGUAGUCCAAGAAAAGAGAGAAGAGUAUGUACUCGACUGCAGUUUGAUGGAUUGUCCAGCACACGAGGUCAAUCAUGCAUUUAGUAUAGCAAUGAUGUGCCUUGAAUCGGAACCCUCUACAAGACCUACCAUGGCAGAAAUUCUGAAGAUGUUAGAGAAGAUUAGAUCAUAA